AUGGCGGACCUUGAACCACCAGCCCACAUUAUCACCAUCGUCGCAUCGCUCAAAUCGCUCGUCGCAGAAGUCAGGAUCGAGGCUUCUAAGCUUAACCGACUCAAUCUGGGGACUGCAUAUCGCCAUGCGGCACAGGGAGUGCCUAACGAUGCGGCUCAGCAAACUUCAAUUCUAGCUACCACUUCUGAGAACGAGGCACAGUCAGUUUCAAGCCAGCUGGACGUCAGCUCUGAGCCUCAUCCGCCCGCCAGUCCAUCCUCAUCACCAGAACUCAAGCCUUGGAGCUAUUCAAAGAAAGCAACCUCAAACGCAGCCAAAGCAGCGGUGCACAAACGACAAGUUAAAACUCGUACCAGCGUCAGACUCAACAAGACGGCCCAGCCAGAACCAAUCCCCAAUUGCUACGAGAAACGUAUCGAUGACCGCGAUGACAUCCAGAAGGCUCAGGUGUCUGGUUUGGCAGAAGCAAUGAAGCGUCGUUCAACGGAUACAUGGGACCUCGAACCGAAAGAUGGCUGGGAUGUCAACAAAAAUACCAUCAUGGGAGAUUCCGAGGAUCAUAUCAGGAUCAGAACAACCAAUACAGAGCAGUCUUUCCAUUCUCCUGGUUUCGAGGGCUUGAAGGACCGCAUAACAGCAAGACGGGUAGGUCGUAAAUUAGCAUGCUUCAUCAGCCACCCCAAGCGUUAUAUUCCUUUCUACGCUGGAGUCAUGAAGUCUCCUCUGUGGAAUCUCUGUCCUCUUCGUGCGGGCAGACUCGCUGAUAUUGGGGGGCUCAGAAGGGCUAAUGUGCCUUACGCGCACUGCCCGGGGCAGUAUGCGGGGACUGCGAUGCAUAAAGAGGAAGCCAAUUUCGGAUCAGCGAGUGUGGGAUUUGCUGGGAUAACGGCCUUUCUGUUCGUCGAUACAAGAGGUACGACGAUGUUGCAAGAUUGGGUUCGGGAUACGAUUCCCGAUGCUCCUCCGAAGGAGAAGAGCUGUGAUCAGUGGGUGUGUCAUUUAAGUAUCUUGUUCAGACCUGAAAAACUCGAAGAAGGCGCCGUGCGUUCCACAGUCCUUCUUCAAAGAGUGGGAGAUCUUAUCUUUACGAAACGGAAUAGUAUCAUCAAGUCGCUAUUCUUCAAGAUUCGCUCUCUCUCUCGAUCAACUACAUCAGCGAAUCAGAAACACACGGCUUCUUUUAUGAAAAGAGUCCUCUCUGCUGCUGUCAGAACCAAUACAGCUUUUACUUCAUUAUACCUCUUAGCAGGUUCUCACGUCGAAAUCAUGAAUAAUGAAGUCCAAAAGGAUAGAAACGAAAAGCAAUCCACGACGAUGAAGAUAACUCAGAUAGUGUAA